CGCCUCGGUUUUGGGGUUGGGACUCACAGGCACUUGUCCCUUAUGUUUAGAUCCCCCUUCCAAUUUUUUUUCGGAGUAGGGUCCGUCUCCCUGUGUCUCGCUUUGUGUUCCCCACUGCCCUCGGGUGCUGCUGCGACGGCGACGCCGUUGCUUGAGUUCACUGAUUCAGUUGCUGACUGCUGGCUACUGACGGGAAGUGCGGGCGCGGAGCGGCCUUUCCCUAUAUCACGCUGCUCCUGCGCCGCGGGCCCUGGCAGAGCUUCACCUGGGCGCGGGGCGGAGAGCCCCGAGUGACCGCGUCCUGCGGGAGGAGGUCCCCCACGUCUCUGCCAGCAGAGUCGUGGGCAUUUCAGGUGGGGAAAAACCUCCUGCGUUCCACCCGCCUCCCGCUGCACCCCAAAUAAAAACAAACCCUCCCCAUAAUGCCCGCGUGCUUUGUCUGUCCCCAAAUCCUCCCCGCUCUUGGGGAUGCCGAGGGCUGAGGGGCGUGGGAGUUCGGUGUUUUGCUUUCGGUUUUGCUCAGGUGUUUUUCUGUUCUUUGUUUUUGUGUUGUGAGCCCCAGGUGGCUGCCGAGCCGGAGUUGAGAGAGAAGCGAGCGGUGCAACAACCCCAGAUGGUCAAUCAGGAAAGGGCAAUGCACCCGGAUUGCACUCGGGGGAAGCACAGAGUGGGUGCAUCUCAGAACUGCAAAUCCAAGGCACCUGGGCUUUCAAAUGCAAGAAAGAGCCCCAAACUCAAGACACCGGUGGUACUAGAGCCACCUAAGAACAGACUCAAGGUGCUGGCAGCCACAAAAGUGUUGAAUCCUCGAGAUUUUGUGUGCAUUCAGGCUUUGCCUGGUGUUGCAAAGGAAGGGAAGGUCUUGGCCAGGAGCAGGACAGUUUACAGAACCAGCGAACCUUCACGAGAACAAGUUUUCUGGGAAAAUUACCAUAGGAGGCAAAAGCAGUUCACCCAGGGACACUUCACCCCCAGUGGGAAGCCUUAUCGGGAGCUUGGAGACAUUGCUUUCAUCGAGCCGAAGAAACUGACCCUGUACUCCUUGGGGCAACUUGCACAGGAACGAGUGAAAAGCAGUGUGCAGGAAAAAUCAUCUGAAGAAGGUGCUGAGGUUGCUGCUAUCAAGUGUUCUUCUGUUCCAGAGUCUGAUUCACUGGAACCAGUGAAGAGUCUCUCCCCAUUCACGGAAGCAGGAAAGGAGCUGAGGACUCUUAGUAAAGCCCUUGCUCGCUCAAGGCAUCACGUCAGUUCUGUGAAGCAAGGGGGAGAAUACUUUCGUAUACUUCACCAAGAAUCAUUGGACAGGGAGAACAUACCUGAAGCAGACCAGCAGGUUCAGGGCAUGAGAUGGAGACCUGGAUUCCAGCUGCCCAUAUGCUCCUCUGAUAUGGAGGAGUCAGAGGAAGAACUAAACAUUUGCUCUCUAACAGAAGGUAACCACCUGAGGAAGUCGGGGAAGAAGAAAAAAAAUAUGACUUUACAAAAUUUCGCUCCAGUUCAUACCAGUGUCUUGAUUUCAAACCCUGCUGGAGCAAAAAGUGAGCUUCUUUUCCGACAGCUGUGUGCCAUACACUGGAUUUUGGAAGCUUCGACUCAAGAAUCCAGCAGUCCAAUACAUUCCAUAUUAGCCUCUUGGAAUCCAAAGGACCCUGGUGGUUGUAAGAAAACACUAAAAGAAAUUGAAGAAGAAAAUUUAGCAGCAUACAUGUGGGAGCUUUUUGUUACAAACACAAAGAAACUUGUCCGGAAAGCACGGUGUGGUCCACUUAGCAAGAAGAUAAACAAGGUCCUUGCUACCUCUCAAUUUAGCAUUCAGUCAUCUCCUGGUCAUCAAACCCCUUAUGGCAGUGAAUCUUCCACUGUGUUUUGUUCUGAAGAAAACAUCAAGAUUAAUGUGGCUUUAUCCAAUCUUUUGAAUAAGUCAACACAAGCUAAAGUAAAACAGCCACCUUUUCCCUCCCUGCAGAAAGUCACCCAGGUAACACGUGAAAAGGUGUCAAAAGAUUUCCAUAAACAAGAAGAUGUGGCUAAGCCUGAACUGCUGUGUGUGUUGCCAGUGGUUCAGAAGAAUUACAGAGCAAACAUACCAUCCACUAAGGAUCAAGAGAGUACAAUAUCAGGAAAGCAGAUGCCUGGAAAACAGAGCUUUCGUAUCAGCUCUUUCCUUAAAGGCAAAUCUAACUUCUCUGCUGAUAUGAGGCAGAAAUUCACAACAGUACGUGAAGAAGCAGCUUUUUGUCUGCAUGAUAUUCUAGAGAACCUUGAGAGGACACAGGAAGAGCGAUGUCGGGCGAAAUUUGAAGCUUUGAAACAAUUGACAUCUUUUAGAAGAGACAUGGAAAGAGUAAGACAGGUGGGCAGUAAAGCCAAAAGAGAAGAUGAGGAAGAUGAAAUAAACUGGUUUCCUCUAUUGCUUGCCAGGCUCCCAGAGUCUGUAAAGAAUAACCAUUAUGUGCAGAAAAUCUUAAAGAAGCUGGAAAAAUAUUACAAUACUCCUGAUUUGAAAAUUGAUCCAGACACCUUUCUUAAGGCUCUGGAUGAUCUACAGGUCUGGGAGCUCUGUUCUCCAGAAAUUGCUGCAGCAGUGGAGUUUGUACGUGAAAAUAUUGUGCAGAUGCCAGAAGAAGAUUUCAGUGAGUGGUUUCAGACAAGACUAGCCCCCUCAGAGCCCAGUCCUCCAGCUUUUAAUCAAACAGACUGAUGAGAUGGUUUUCCAGCUGCAAGUAUCUUAAAUCAGAAAACUACUGCAUGUUGAGAUCUGCCUCAAGACUGGGGAAAGAGUUAACUUCAGGAGGUCCUACAGUCCACUCUUACACAACUGAAACUUGUCCAUCUACAGUGCUCUGCUGACAGUAACUUGUCAUAGAAAAUAAAAGAUCAAUACUGUUGCUUGCUCCUUUAUGAUAUCUUGGACUCACUGUCAAAUUUCAGUCUCAUCUAACCAUGUAGGAUGAAAACUGAGUUUCGUUUCUCGAACGAAACUCGUCGAGGUCAUCUCGUCUCUUCAGACAUUCAGACAUUUCUUUAACAAUACCUGCAGUAUAACAACAUCUGUUCAGUAUGGAGAUGCUGAUUUCCAUAUCUAAGUAGCAUUGUCUGUGUUUUUUGUUUUAGC